GCUUUAGCGUAGCAAGCUAUGAUAUAUGUCACUUUUACAAUCUGUUAGUUAAUUUUAUAGAGAUAGUUAAGAAGUUGAAUUUUUUAAAAAAUAAGACAUCUUAUUAACAAAUACUAUAAAAACUAGUAGAGUAGACGAAGCAUGAGCGAAAAUAAUAGUACAACGGAUAUAUUUUCAACACCGAAAAUAGGUGGAAGUGGAGAUGGAGACGGUAUCAAGAAGGUGACAACUAGAACGAAAAUUCCUUUUCCUUCUUCAAGAAAAUUCAACGCAAAUAUUCCGUGCGGGAAUAUGAAGUUGAAAUUGGAACAAGCUUUGACAGAUUUGCAGAAACCGAAAAAACACAAUUGUCUUACGAAAGCCCAAACUGUUGCGGAGAUAACACCGUCGAAGACUAAAUUAAAGAAAAAGACACAUUCCGAAUUAGAUCUCAAUGAACACGAUACAAGACGUUCGGAAAGCUCGAAUGCAGUUGAUGCAUCGCGACGCUGUAAUAGAGACAGGGUAGUUUGUAAAAUAUACGGGUAUCUACUUGUGCACGCUUGGCGUCGUUGUAAGACGCGUCUACAAACGCUUUCGGAUCUAAGCGGUCGCCAGCUUAACCAGAUCACUCAAUUGGAAAUACAAGUUAAUUUUUUGAAAACUAUGAGACAAUCUGAAUGUGAAAAACGAGAAGAGGCAAUUCGUUUGUGCCAACUGGCGAAAAAUAAUUAUAACGUAAUGAAAGAAGCUAAUUCUACUUUGAUACAGGAUUUAGAAUCUAUACAAAAGGAAUUAUCCAAUACAAAGGAACAAUUAAAACUAACAAAAUAUGACUUGAAAAAUCGUUCCGAACAGUUAGCCAAAAGUCAAGAGACUUUAAUUAAACGCAAAGAGGAAAAAAUGGAUUUGAUCGCUCAAAUAGAGAGUCAAAAAGAAGAAAUUCUUGCCCAAAACGCUAUUAUUUUGGAAUUACAACAAAAGCAGUAUACCACAGAAAUGAAUCUUCAUAACAUCAAAUCAAGUUUAGAAAUGAAAGAGAAUGAAUUAAAUGAAGUUAAACAACAAGUAGAAACUGAAACCAAAAAUAACGUUUUGUUAAACGAUACAAUAAGUUCCUUGCAGAAAUCGAAAUUUGAGCUUCAAGAGCAUCUUGAAGAUUUAGAGGAUGAAUUGCAACAAUAUAUUUCUAACAUUGAAGAAAUACAAUAUGAAAAUGUUAGCAUUAGGGAAGAUCUUGAAGAGGUUAAACUGAUGUUGUCGACGGAGAAGAACAAAAAAUGGAUCAAAAUCACUAGAGAACUAUCUUUAUUGUCUUUAUCUGCACUAAAAAAAAUCACCAAAGUCGUGUUAGAAGUUUAUCACAUGUAUCACAUGUAUUGAAAUUUAAAGUUUCAGAUUUUCAUUAUGAUGUUUCCAUCUUUCCACUGUUUUUAGUGACUUUAAAGUCGUUCGUUGAAAAGCUA